UGGAGAUGGGAGGUACAGGUUGGUGAGGAGCCCUCCCCAAAUACACGCUCUUCUCUAUAUUUGGGCGCCAUCCCAACGCUGCCACCUUCCUUGAACGUUCUUUCUUUAAUUUGCCUUCCGCUUUUGGUUUUACAACAAGAGACAAUUCCACCGCCUGCCUGCCUAUAAAACCCCCUCUGCCGUUGCCCUUGCUUCUCGUAGCGAGAGGAGCGUGAGAGACCCAACUUUUCUUCCUUCAUCAGAUUCGGUGAAUAGAGGAAGCUGCAGCCCAGCCAUGGCUUCUUCUUCAUUGUCUCUCAGAUUCUCAUUUCUUGUGGCCUUGUCCCUAGCGCUCCACUGCGCCUUUGGUGCAAUUGUGUGUGAGGAUCUGCCUCAGGAUGUCUGCGCCUUCGCGAUCUCGUCCGCCGGAAAGCGCUGCGUGCUCGAGAAGUUUGUGCUCGGAGAUGGUUCGACCGAGUUCCAAUGCCGGACCUCCGAGGUGGUGGUGGAGAAGAUGACCGAGUGGAUCGAAACCGAUGAGUGCGUGAGGCUCUGCGGCGUCGACCGGAACUCGGUUGGGAUCUCCUCCGACUCGCUCAUGGAGCCUCAGUUCACAGCCAAGCUCUGCUCUGCGGAGUGCUACGGCAACUGCCCCAACAUCGUCGACCUCUACUUCAAUCUGGCCGCCGGUGAAGGUGUGUUCUUGCCCGAGCUUUGCGAGAUCCAGAGGACCAACCCCCGCAGGGGCAUGGCUGAGCUUCUGAGCUCCGGGGUGGUGGCACCAGCACCCGAGAGCGAUGCAUCCCCCCUUGCUGCUGCUCCUGCAUCUAUAUAGUAUAAAUUAAGAUAGCUUAAAUUUUAAUUUUGUGUUACUAAAUAAGUCUAAGACACACAUAUGUAUAGGACUUUGGACAAGAGAGAUUAAGUGAUGAUCAGUACUAUUUUGUUGAGUUUGUGAAAGCAGUUAUGUAUAAGAUUUUGUUGGGAAAUGAUAAUAAAUACAUAUUUCUGCA